AUGCCAGGGCUGAUUAACUGGGCGACCCUCUCCCGGUUGCCCCUCAUUGCAUCUGAGGUGACAUCCUGCGUCAGCGGCUAUGCCUUUGGGAUGACAGCCCUGCUCACCUACCACAACCCAGAUCCCCAGGCUUUGGAAGGUCUCUUUGUGUACCCCUUGGACGAGGGCACAACUGUCGUGGGCUUUGAGGCAGCCGUGUCACGGCGCACUGUGACAGUGCAGAUCAAAGACAAAGCCAAGAUGGAUGACACCUACUUCAACAGCUGCAGCCUCCCUCCUGGAAGAGCUGGUGAUGGAAGUGGAAGGCUUAUGAUGGAUGAGGACCUGGAAAGGAUUGUUUUUGUGGCCAACCUGGGCAUGAUUCCUCCCCUGGAAAGUGUCUCCAUCUUCAUCAGCACCUCCUCUGAGCUGCAGACACUCCCCAGCGGGGUGGUGAGGGUCCUUCUGCCAGCUGUGUGUGUCCCCAGGGUCUCCCAGCCCAGCCUGGAGAAUGCCAGCAGUUUUUCCAGCCACCAGCUCCAAACGGACAAGCACCCCUGCGGACUGGGGAGCCCGGAGCAAGGGAGCAGGUUCUGCCUGACUCAGCUGCUGGACAGUGAGGCCACCAACCCCUUUGAGUAUGAGUUCAGCUUCCAGCUGGAGAUCCGGGGGCCAUGUUUGCUGGCAGGAGUUGAGAGCCCCACACAUGAGAUCCGAGCAGACGCCGACCCCUCAGCUCGCUCUGCCAAGAGCAUUGUGAUCACGCUGGCCAACAAACACACCUUCGACAGACCCGUGGAGAUCCUGAUCCAUCCAAGUGAGCCCCACGUGCCCCAUGUCUUAAUGGAAGAGGGUGACAUGACCCCUGUGGAGUAUGAACGACACCUGAAGGGGAAGAACGAUUUCAUUAAAGGCACUAAGAAAGACCCCAGUGCCAAGAAAAAGACGGAAAUCAUCAGGAAGAGGCUGAACAAGGACAUCCCCCACCACCCUGUUAUCAUGCUCAACUUCUGCCCUGACUUGAGGACUGUGCAGCCAGGCCUCCGGAAAGCCCAGGGAGAGUUCAUCUUCCUGGUGGACCGCAGUAGAAGCAUGAGUGAUGUGAACAUCAGCCGUGCCAAGGAUGCCCUGUUGGUCAUUCUCAAGAGUCUGAUGCCAGCGUGUCUCUUCAAUAUCAUUGGGUUUGGAUCCACCUUCAAGGCCCUUUUUCCUGUCAGCCAGGCCUAUUGUGAGGAGAGCCUGCUCAUUGCCUGCCAGAGCAUCAGGAGGAUCCAGGCUGAUAUGGGCAGCAUCAACCUCUUAUCCCCCCUGAAGUGGCUCAUCCGCCAGCCCAUCCACAGGGGCCACCCCCGGCUGCUCUUUCUGCUGACAGCCGGGGCCAUCAGCAACACUGGGAAGGUUCUGGAGCUGCUGCGGGACCACUCCUGCUCCAUCAGGUGCUACAGCUUCGGCGUCGGGCCAAACGCCUGCAGGAGGCUGGUCCGGGGUCUGGCUGCCGUGUCCAGGGGCGUCUCCGAGUUCCUGGAGGAGGAUGAGAGGCUGCAGCCCAAGAUGAUCAGGUCACUGAAGAAGGCCAUGGCACCGGUCCUGAGCGACGUGUCCGUGGAGUGGGUCUUUCCUGAGAGCACCGAGGUCUUGGUGUCCCCUGUCAGCAGCAGCUGCCUGUUCCCUGGUGACCGCCUGGUCAGCUAUGGUGUCAUCUGUGACACCUCCCCAUACCUCUCCAACCCCAAAUCUACAUGGUGGUGGGACUCGUUCCCUCUCUGUGCUUCCCCCCAGGACAAGAGGCGGCAGUACAGCACGAUGCAUUCCCAGGAGUCGGGCAGCUCUGUUUUCUUUCACUCCCAGGAGGAGGGAGCAGGCUUGGAAAGCUGGAACCACUCCAGAGACUCGGAGGGGUCCUGCCCCACCGAGCGCUCCCCCGACCACCUGAGCGUGGCCAGAGAUCCUGGGGGAGAGUCGGACACGGACACGGGAAUGGAUGUGAAGGCUCUGUCCAGGAGGCGGGCGUACAGCACCACCCAAAUCUCCGAGCACGAGCCUCGCAGGAAGGUGCCCACAGCCAGCGAUCCUGGCACAGCCCUGGUGAAAAACCCCCUGCGGAAAACCCACCUGCAGGACCUGCAACAGCUCAGCCCUGAGCCCUGGCAGGUGGAUUUCCAGCCCCUCCCGGCCAUCCCGCAUGCCUCUGCCACCAGGAUCCGUGGCACAGGCGCCCGGCGCCCCGCCCUGCUCCAGCACAGCUGUGUGUCCUUCUGCCACGACGCCACCCCCCCGGCACUGCCGGACGGGCUGCAGGAAGUCCCGGCAAGGGACUUAGAAGCACUUGGGGCCAUCAGGAGCCUGCACUCCUCAUCGGACAGCCGGAGCCCCGGGGAUCUGGAGUCUGCCCAGCAUCCAUCCCUCACCUUUGAGACAGAGACCUCCUCCGACUGGGAGCCCCAGGACCUGGAUGUCGGUGCUGCCUGUGGCUCCCCACGCUCCCCCAGGACCCUCUGCAAGGCAGUGGUGAAGGGGCUGAGGAACAAUGAGCCUGUGCAGUGGGAAGUCACGUUUGAUAUCCACCCUCUGUUCCGGGAGCGGGAGAGCCAGGAGGAUGGUGACACAGACCUGUGGAGUGAGACCUUCCACCACCUGGCAGCCAAGUCACUCAUCCAGGACUUGGAGCAGCUCGCCGAGAGGGAGUGUGAAAUCGAGCAUGGGUCUGGGCGGCGGUUCCAGCUCAGCGCGGUCCACACCAGCAAGGCCUGUAACAUCAUCAGCAAGUACACGGCCUUCGUGCCCGUGGACCUGAGCACCAGCUCCUACCUGCCCACCCUGGUCCAGUACACCCACACAGGGGCAACAUCCAAGCAAGGCAACCAGAGGAAACAGAAGAGUUCAGGAAGCAGAAGGCAUCAUGCUGAGGAGAGCAGCCCCUCACCCUCCAGCACCCCGUCCUUGUCUGCCUGGGAGCGCUGCCGUGUCCCUGAAGGGCCUCUCCACAGCCUGUCUGCUUCCUCUGCACAAGCCCAAAAAUCCAUUGAGAGGCUCUUUGCUGCCAGGCUGACCCUCAAUAAAACCAUGCUGCUGGUUCGAGCUGCCAAAGGCUUCAUGAGUAAAUCUCCAAGCAGAGGGAGCAAAGCCGGCUCUGAAGGUGACAGUGAGAGCAUGGACUACCUUCCCCUGGUGUCCCUGCAGCUGGCCUGCGGUGCCUUCCUUCUGAAUUCAGCCCUCUGCGACGCUGUCAACAUCCCCAUGGAGAAGCUGAAGUGGACAUCUCCCUUCGCCUGCCACCGCCUGUCCCUCAGCCCCUCCGGCUCCUACAGCACCAAGAGGAGCAGUCCCUCCUCGGAGCACAAAAUCCUGAACUGCACCCAGCAGCUGCUGGUCCCCAGUGGGCAGGGGAAGGGCCCCACCCCUGGAGACCUGGCUGGGGGAGCAGUGCCGGAGGACACGGGCCGCCCUCGGCACCUGUCGGGCAGCGCGGCCGAGAGCAUCUGCAGAGCCCAGAGAGCCGAGAAGGAGCCGUCCCCCCCGGCCAUCACCAUCCGCAGCUUCUCCUCCCCCGCCGGCAGCGGCCGGGGCUGGGACACCGACGGCUCCGAGCUCCAGGCUUUGCUCUUGGACGCGGAGCUGCAGCAGCAGACAGAGCCCGAGGGGAUGCUGUGGGCCACGGCGGUGGCCCUGGCCUGGCUGGAGCACAGCUCGGCUUCCUACUUCAUCGAGUGGGAGCUGGUGGCUGCCAAAGCCAGCCUGUGGCUGAGCGAGCAGGACUUCCCGGAGGGAUCCAGCCUGGCCACGGUGAAAGCUGCAGCCCAGCAGCUCUUUGUGCUGCUCCGUCACUGGGAUGAGAACCUGGAGUUCAACCUGCUGUGCUACAACCCAGGCAGUGUGUAA